AUUGGUCGGCUCGGAWACAUCUGUAUUCAGUUCCAGUUGUUCGUGUCUCUGGCCAGAAAACUGGUUCUGAUUCGGACGGAGAUGAUCUGACCCGACUCGGCAGCGGGCUUAAAUAAGAUGAUUCGUUUCCGGACCGUCAGCAGCGCGUGGUUCCGGACGGUUCUGUCCCGCUGGUUCGUGUUCGUGGGGAAACUUGCUGGGCCCUGAAUGAAUGGGUCCAGAUUACGCAGCAGAUAUUCGGGUUUUUCUGACCGCUGUUCAAGAAAAGCCCGGUUCGGUCCGCUUGACGCUGGAUUUGCCGGUUCCUCUGGACUCAUACGCUUCCAGAGGUUCCGGUUCUGCUGAUGGAGCGGUUCUGAUUCUGGCUGCAGACACAAAGGAAGUCGUUUGACUAUUAUUUUUAUUCUGUUUUUAAGGACCCCAUAGGCACGAGCCCGGACCGACAAGUUCUGGUUCCGGACCACUCGGGUUCGAUGACACUGAGCGGAAUGUUUUGAGUUCUUCCCGAAGCGGCAUCGGAACCAACCCUGAGCUUUUAAUGCAAAGCCUCUGCAGGGUCAGGAUGCAGUUCCGGACCGUUCUGGACGUCAAAGUGGUUGACGUGGAGAAGAGGCGGAACCCGUCCAAACAUUACGUUUACGUCAUCAAUGUCACAUACUCUGACAACACGUCCCACAUCAUCUACAGGAGAUACAGCAAAUUCUUUGACCUCCAGAUGCAGCUGCUCGACAAGUUCCCGAUCGAGGGGGGCCAGAAAGACCCCAAGAAGAGGAUCAUUCCAUUCCUCCCAGGCAAAAUCCUGUUCCGGAGGAGUCACGUGCGAGACGUGGCCAUGAAGCGGCUGCGUUUCAUCGAUGACUACUGCAGGGCUCUGGUCCGGCUCCCCUCUCACAUCUCUCAGAGCGAGGAGGUUCUGCGCUUCUUCGAGACGAAGGCUGAGGACAUCAACCCCCCGGAGGAGGACUAUGGCUCCAAACGCAAAUCUGUGUGGAUGUACGGUUUUACAGACAGCCCGAGGAAAGAGGCCUCAGGGAUGGACAGCUCGGAGCCCAUGGUGCUGGAGCAGUACGUGGCCGUCGCCAACUACGAGAGGCAGGAGAACUCCGAGAUCAACCUGAAGGCCGGAGAGACAGUGGACGUGAUCGAGAAGAGCGAGAGCGUAACUAAAAGACGAAAGGCUCACCUGAAGAGGCUGGACCGCCGCUGGACUCUGGGUGGUAUCGUUAACCGGCAGCAGAGCAGAGAGGAGAAGUACCUGACGGUUCAGUCCUACAGCAGUCAGGGCRUGGACGAGGUCAGCUUCGAGAAAGGAGUCACCGUGGAGGUGAUCCAGAAGAACCUGGAGGGCUGGUGGUACAUCAGAUAUUUGGGGAAAGAGGGCUGGGCCCCGGCCUCCUACCUGAAGAAACUCCGAGAGGACUUCUCCCCCCGUAAGAAGACCCUGACGGGCCCCGUGGAGAUCAUAGGCAACAUCAUGGAGAUCAGCAACCUGCUGCAGAAGAAGUCCGUCAGUGAGAAGGACAUCCAGACGGACGGCGAGGGCGGCGGCGGGCCGGAGCGCCACUUCUCCAAGAGCGAGAUCAGCCUGCCUGUGCCCUACAACUCCGAGAUCAACGCCGAGACGGGCCGCAGGCUGAGCGCCGGCCGUGACACCAACAGCCCCUGCCUGGGCAUGCUGGCCGCCAGUGCUGCCCUGAACGAGAACAAGGCCAGAGGAGAGGCGGGGUUGCCCGCCGUGGCCCGGGUCGCCCCUCACAGGGUGGAGAUCGGGUCUCCAAACCUGAGGCAGAAACCCCCSCCAAGAAGAGAGGCCAACCUGGGUUUCCAGCUACCCAAGCCCCCGGAGCCCCCUGCUGUGGAAGCAGAGUACUACACCAUCGCAGACUUCCAGUCCUCCAUCUCUGACGGCAUCAGUUUCCGCGGAGGACAAAAGGCUGAUGUGAUCGAGAAGAACCCUGGAGGUUGGUGGUACGUACAGAUCGGUGAGAUGGAGGGCUGGGCCCCCUGCUCCUACAUCGACAAACGCAAGAAGCCCAACCUGAACCGACGGAGCAGUACCCUCACCCGACCCAAAGUCCCGCCCCCGGCUCCUCCCGUCAAAAAACAAGACCCCGAAGAGGCCCCCCCACCACCGAAACCAGCCUCCAAGGCCUCAGAGACGCCAAGCAGGCCGGUCUACGAGGAACCUGAAUACGAUGUUCCUGCGGUUGGAUGUGACGGAGAGUCUGAUGCCGAACGGCCCCAGGAAGUAAAGGUCAAUGACAAGUACCAUGGCCCGCCUCCGUCCAGUAAAGCCCCGCCUCCCGUCUGCAAAGCGUCCCCAGUUUUCGCCCGUCGGAGAACCUCCUACAGAUCUGUGGAGGAGAUCUCUAAGGAGGAGUGUAUUUAUGAGAACGAUGGUUUCAGGACGAGCGGCGGCGUUGGAGGAACCACAGCUAAAGGAUCCAGUGAGCCCAGCUCCCCCAGGAGCUACCGGUCCUCCACGGUCCCACGGAAACCCUCGGGAUCGUUCCCUUUCGCCAGCAGACCCCGGACCCCCAUGACACCAGAGAUGAGCAGAAGAAGCCAGACUCUGGGCCGGCGUGUGGACAUGAGGUCUCAGGACAACAGUCCUCAUUCGUCAUCGGACGAGCUAGGCAGAGGGACAAAAUCCCUUGGCCUGAGUCGGGACCUGGACCAGGGUUUGGGUCAAAGCCCGUCCACCAGGCCCAAGCCUUCCGUCAGACCCAAACCCCUCCUGACUAAAUCGGAACCUCAGAGCCCAGAGCGGAUGGACAUCAGCUCUCUGAGACGGCAGCUCAGGCCUACGAGUCAGUUCCGCCACAGCCUGAAACCUCGAGGGGACGACUCGGAGACGGCCUCCGUCGUCUCCUCAGAGGGCUCCUUGUGUUCUCGCAGCACCUCCGACCUGUCCUCUGUCUACUCCAAGGGGAGCCAAGGGGGCGGAGACUCGGAUGUGGAAGGCUCCACCCUGUACCGCUCUGUGGAYGUCUACAAAAAGGUCCAGGACUCUGAGAUCAGCUUCCCGGCUGGAGUGGAGCUGGAGGUCCUGGAGAAGCAGGAGAGCGGCUGGUGGUACGUCCGCUGGGGCUCGGAGGAGGGCUGGGCCCCCUCCUACUACCUGGAACCAGUGAAGAAGGGGGGCGACGCCGGUGCAUCGGAGUCCAACGGAAACAAGUCGAACAGCCUGGAGAAGAACGAGCAGCAGGUUCUGGCCCUGAACAACAUCAACAUCCAGGUCCUGACUCAGCAGCACCAAGGCCUGAGGGGCAACUCRCCCCCCAUCCCGUCCAAACCCCCCGGAGGGUUCUCCAAGCCCUCAGGUCUGGUGAACGGAGGCGUGCGCAUGAGGAACGGGGUGCGGCAGGUCGCGGUCAGACCCCAGUCCGUCUUUGUGACCACGUCCCAGUCCGCGAAGGACUCUCACUACACGACGGGGUCCCUGAGGAGGAACGAGUCUCUGGGCCGGAGCGACCACUACAGCUCGGGUUCUGCCACGCUAGGGGUCCGCAGGAAUGCCUCCUUCAGCACCGUGCGGCCCCACGUCGUGGUGGAGAGCCACACCCGGCCCGUGGAGCGCUCCGGUCUGGGGUCCUCGGGGAGCGCGUUCAGCACAGGCAAUGUCCAGGAUGCCCUGAGCAGGGCCAACCAACGCAACGGGAUCCCCGUGUCCACGGUCCGGCCCAAGCCCAUCGAGAAGAGCCAGCUGAUCCACAACAACCUGGGCAGGGACGUGUACGUGUCCAUCGCAGACUACCGUGGAGACGAGGAGACCAUGGGCUUCACCGAGGGAACCUGUCUGGAGGUCUUGGAGAGAAACCCCAACGGCUGGUGGUACUGCCAGGUGCAGGACAGCCUGGUCCCCCGGAAGGGCUGGGUUCCCUCCAACUACCUGGAACGGAAAAAAUAACCCCCCAAAGAUUUGAGCGGUGUCGCUCCUUUAGAAUGUUUUCUGUAAUCCCCCCGAAGCAAUACGUCCCAAAAACGUUACAUUUCUGAAAAGACCAAACUUUUAGGGGUGGUUUCCUAAAACCUGCCCAGAAACCAGACKGAGGGUUGAGGAGGACGGCGUGUGGACUCUGCUGAUAAGUGCCUUUUAGUUUUCCAUCGCCUGAACCGGAGGGUUACUUUGUUAAAACGGCAAAAAUAAUGUUUCAACCAAACCGAGUGCCAUAGUCCUCCAGAAACCAGAAACCACCUGGAGUCUGAGCAGAACCAGUCGAGUCCAAACAAAGCCUGGGAGUCSUGAGAGGAUCCAUCGUUUCUUAAAUCUCACUUCAUUUCCUGUUUGUGUCUCGAGUCUUCCUCAGAAUGKUUUCGGCUCUCUGCUGACAUCGGCUUCUAACAAACAGCCGAAGAGCUGAACUCUGAACUGAUAUGAUAAAUAAUAAAGCUGUUAGUUUAUAAAAUAAGACGUUAGCUGUGAUGCUGCUGGACCUACAGAAACAGAUUAGAUGAGAGGAAUGAAUAUUCAUCAUGAUGAAGAGCAGUUCAGAGUUCAACAAGCUGUUUGUGGUCGAUGUUGAAGACAGCUGAGAUGUUUUCUAACAGAUCCAAACUAAACAUUAAUUUUUCUGCUGGACAGCAUCGUGUCUCCCAUCAAACCUGCAGUUAUCUUAUAGGAAUAAAACCAUCUUUGUUUGUUUGUUUGUUUGUUUGUUUGUUUGUGACGACACAGUGACAGUAACGAGGAGCGAAGUGCUUCUGUCUUGUGAGUCGAUGCACUUUAAAACCAGCUGAUUUUACGGUGCAUUGAUGCAAAGCUGCAGUCCAAACGUCAGAAAAGUUAUUUAUUGGUUGUGAAGCUGAGCGAGCAGCGCCCUCAUGUGGAGCUCAGAGGUACGACAACAUGAUCCUACCUCAGCURCUCACUAAAACUGGACGGAAAAUUCAAUAUCUGAAAUCACAGAGCAGCUAAAAGUUCCUCUGGAGCACGUUUUCUUUUGUUUCUGGCAAUAAUUUAUUCCUUUUAUACGAGAUUGAAUUUGUUUUUGAUGCUGUUUGCUGCAACUUUAACACAUCAUGGACACUUCCUUCGUCUUUAUUGUUCUUUACAUAAUGCCUGAGCAUAAAAACUUAUUUAUUAUUAAGAGUUUGAUCACUUUAGGAACAUUUUUGUCUAAAAGGGUUAGAAUUUUAGUCUUAAUGAAAYUUUUUGCUGCAGCAGUUGUUAAAUAAACGAUCAAACGUUGAA